CACAUUUCCUGUUUCCUAGCAACAAAAGGAAGUAUUUGUUGUUGCCCUCUCCUGCGGGACUCCUAACAGUAAAUCCCGGGGUUUGGAGGCCCGGAGGCGUUGCGGGGCCGCCCAGCCCGGUGUUGCGGGACCCCGUCAAUAGGGAACGGCGGGUCUGCCGAGGGGCCCCUGAGAGGAUUUGGCCUCGCUUUCCCCCUUCGUCCGUUUAGUUCCCCCUCCGCUCGAUCCGUCCGUUGCUUGCCGAACGGGAGGCGAAGGGUUCCUCUUGCCGGGAAAUGGAGAGCCCUCGUGGGGCCUCUCUUCUACCUCAGGGCGGGACCCGUCGCGGAUUGUGAAACCCGCCCGUCCGCCUGGAGCCUCCCGAGGAAACGAGGGCCUGGGGACCCUUCGUGCUCCUGGAUCCGAAUCUCAGGGUUUUCGGACCCGCUCGCAGCUGCUGAUCGCGGCAUCCUCCCGACGCCUUAGGAAAGCCUGGAAUUUACUUGCGGGCUGCUGCUGUUGUUGCCCAACUUGAACGGGGUGCUUCCCGCUGGGAUGUCCUGAAAUGCACUGGAUCCUAUGGUUGGAGGUCCAGCUCCUCUCACUCUCUUCUCUUCUCUCAGCACUCAGGGUCUCCUCCUCCUGUCUUCUUCUCCUUCAGCCUCUUCUUCAGCUGCUUCCUGGAUAACCUCCUGCUCUGAAGAUGGGGCUCUGAAGACUUGCCUGGAUCCUGAAGGGAUGUCGCUUUGAAUGCCUUUGGCUUUUGGAGAAAGGUGGAGCAGCUUUAAAAGUCGGCCCCAGAAAAACCAGGGGGGAAGAACUAACUCGACACCACUCAUCGCUCAACACGUUUUGUGCCGUGUUUUAAAUGUACAUUAAUAUGUCUGGCUCUGAGCCGUAUUCCCUGUUUUGGGAGGAAGGACGUUUGUAUCGGUGGCUCCUGAUAAAUGAAUGUUGUGCUGAACUGGAAAAUUCAGAAUGAUCUGACAGGUCUUGGAAUGGUUGGGUGAGAAGAGGGGACCCGAAGCUCUGCAAUGAGACCGAGGGGUGCUUCCAAAUGCCCGUGGCUUCCUCUUUAAAGAGUGCCAGGAUUAAGAAGGACUUUGGACGUGAGCAAUGGCUGAAGGCGAUGCUGCUCUGAGCAGUGAGCCGCCUGUGGGUCAAGAGGAGCGGCCGUACAAAUGCAAGCAGUGCCCGCGGAGCUACCGCCACGCCGGCAGCCUGGUGAAUCACCGCCGUACCCAUGAGGUAGGCCUUUACCGCUGCUUGCUGUGCCACAAAGACUUCUCCAAUCCCAUGUCCCUGAAGAGCCACUUGCGCACUCAUAUGGAAGAGAAGCGUCACAAAUGCCCAGACUGCGGCAGAAGCUUCCGAGUUUCAUCCCAGCUUCCAAGCCACCACUGCCCAGCUCAGGCCAUCCAGGAGCAGGAGGAAAAAGGCAGGAGGGAUGGGAGUUACAGCUUCCAAAGGGGCCAGGGCACGUCUUCUCCAGAUGUGGACUCCCAUUCUGGGAUGGAAGGCAGUAGCAGGAGCCUGUUGUCCAACCUGGAGAAGUACAUUGCUGAGUCGGUGGUGCCAGCCAACUUUUCUCAGCAAGAGUUUCCAAUGAAGAAUGAACAGGAGAAUCAGGAUCCGCUCCCGGAGCAUGACGGGGGUGGGGAGGAGCCUGGACUGCUGGCUGCCCUGGAGGACGAGCGCCGCUACAAAUGCAACCAGUGUGACAAGGCUUACAAACAUGCUGGCAGCUUGACCAAUCACAAGCAGAGCCACACGCUGGGGAUCUAUCAGUGUGCCAUGUGCUACAAGGAGUUCUCCAACCUCAUCGCCCUCAGAAGCCACGCCCGUCUCCACUCGGAGUAUCGGCCCUACAAGUGCCGCUUUUGCCACAAAGCCUUCCGGUUGCCCUCCGAACUGCUGAGCCACCAGAAAGCCCACAGCCAGGAAGAGAGCAAGUCCGCAGACCCAUCAGCUUGGGAGGAUUCGGAGCACGAUGUUUGGGAGGAGGACUCCAUAGAAACAUCAGCAAAGUUGGACAUCUAUCAGCCACCUCCCAUGGGCACAGGCUUCGGGGAUAGGGUGCCCUGCAGCCUCAAAGAUGCCUCCAAGACCGGUGGUGGAGAACGCUGUAAUCCAGAUGGAGAGCUGUGUGUCCGCUGUGGCGGGACCUUCGCCGACGAGGAGGAGUUGAAGGAACACAGUUGCCUUUACCCAAAGGAGGCAGAUGAAGAAGAAGAGGAUGAGGGCAGCAGCCCUUUCCAAGCAGCCCCCAGCUCCAAUGAAGCUUGGGAAGCCCGUCUGAAGAGCGAGGAAGCCUUUCCCAUGUCUGAAGAGCGGCCUUUCCGCUGCGGGGACUGUGGGAGGACAUACCGCCAUGCAGGGAGCCUCAUUAACCACCGGAAGAGCCACCAGAUUGGGGUGUACAGUUGUACCGUCUGUUCAAAACAGUUGUAUAAUUUGGCUGCCUUGAAGAACCACUUGCGGGUACACCUCAAGUCUAAGCUCAACUCCUCGACCCCAGAAGAGGCCUCCCAGCACCUGUCUGGGAUCCUGGACCCACCAAAAGCGCAGGACUGCCCUGAUGACUGCCCAACCCAGCCCUCGGAUGCCUGGAAAGGACCAUCUGCCUGUCUCAAGGAAGAGGAAGAAAGGACUCUCGGGGAGGAAGAGCGACCCUACCGGUGUGAAGACUGCGGACGGAGUUAUCGCCACCGAGGUAGUCUGGUGAACCAUCGCCACACUCAUCAGACGGGAAUCUUCCAGUGCUCCAUCUGCCCCAAACAAUACUCCAACCUCAUGGCACUCCGGAACCACGUCCGUGUCCAUUUGCGGGCCGCCCGCAUGCGGGGCAAAGAAUUAGGGGACGGCUUAACCUCCGCUAAUGGCAGAGAGAGUUUUGAGGAGGAGGCUGAAUUCCAGCUUCAUCAGCUGCACCAUCUGCCCUGCACAGAGGACAUUGAGGUGGCUGAGGAGCCUAAGCUUGGCGUCCUUCACUGUCAGGAAGCAGAUCUCCUUCAGACUAUUAAACAGGACGUAGAAGCCCUGGAGAAUGGGGCAACAGUGGCUGAGGACAUCCUCCCGGCCUCAGAGACGUCUCACAUUUGUCCCCAGUGCGGGUUGGCCUUUCCUACCUUGGCUGACCUGCAGACUCACGCCAUGCAACACAGCAGUGAAGGGGAACGUUUGGAAGGGGUGGCGGAAGGAACCAACCCACCUCUUCCCAUCCAGCGUCUCUAUGAGUGCGAACUGUGUGGCAAGUCAUACCGGCACUCGGGAAGCCUCAUCAAUCAUAAGCAGACGCACCAGACAGGCGACUUCAGCUGUUCGCUUUGCAGCAAACACUUCCAAAACGUGGCCUCCCUUAAAAGCCACUUGCGUGGCCAUCAGAGACCCAGGAGAGGACUGUCCGAGACACUGGUGACUGCGAACGAGGAGACUGGCACUGAAGCUGGCGCUGCCAUGCCUAUGAUUUUAUCUUUGGCAGAGCAGCUAAGAGAUAGUUGCAGUGUUCUGGAAAAAGAUGCCACAGACAACAGCUGGCAGUCCCAAUCACAAGCAUCUUCCCCGUUGCCUGCCGAUUCUGAAAGCCUUCCCUAUCUCUGUGAGCAGUGUGGUCUGGGCUUCGACCAGGCCAAAACCUUGAUUGACCACCGACAGACCCAUCAAGCUGGCAUCUUCCAAUGUUCUGUCUGCCCUAAAGAGUAUCCCACCCUCCUCGCUCUAAAACACCAUUUCCAUGGGCAUGCCAAGGCCACAGCAUCCAGCCAGGACAACCCCAAAGACCAUGCUGAGGAACAACCCUUCCUCUGCAGCCUCUGCGGCAUGAUCUUCCCCAGCGAAGAGAUCCUUCAGCAUCACCACAGCCUCUUGCAUGAGGAGGAUGAAAGUCAGGGCGACAAUCCGGAUGUGCUGAAAACAGAAGCGGAAGAGCAGCUGGAUGAUGGAGGGGAUCCAGAGGAGGACCAGCUCUUCUCGCACAUCUGUGGUUACUGUGGACAGACAUUUGACGAUAUGUCCAGCUUGGAAGAACACAGCAACGGGCAUCUGGAAGAGAAAGCGGCGGCCUUGGCCGAUACUUCCAUCCAGCUCCGGCGAGCUCUGCGUAUAGAGGAUGACCCUCCCCCUCUACCCCCACCGUUGGUGGAAACACUUCCUCUUGCUGAUGACCUGCUGGACAGCCGACCUUAUGCUUGUGGUCAAUGUGGCAAGACCUACCGCCAUGGUGGCAGCUUAGUCAAUCACAAAAAGAUCCACCUGAUUGGCGAUUACCAGUGCAGCGUCUGUUGUCGGCAGUACCGUAACUUGUCUGCCUAUAGGAAUCACCUUCGAAACCACCCAAGAUGCAAGUUGAACAGCAGCGUCCCCCAACUCCGACACCCGGUCCCGGCUGUGGAAAGGGGGCUGCCUUGCGUUUACGAGAGGCUGAAAGAUGAGCCGUGUGGGGCUUCCCAAAAUGGAGAAGCUCCUCCAAGCAAUUCUUUUCUUGCCCCUCCUGCAGGAAAAGUAAAAGUGGAACAAGGAGGAGAGUUGAGCUCAGGCCUGUUGGAGGGCAGAGAAGCUCAGGAAUGUGAUGUUCCUGGAGAGGGGAAUGAGAAGGAGGAGGCCCACCAAGCAAUAGAGGAAAUGGAGACAAUAAAGAAACAGGGGGAAGGAGCAGGAGAGGAGAAGGUCUCUCAGGCAGAAGAGGAAGACUCUCUCUCAGAACGCCCCUUCCAGUGUGGUGUUUGUGGACGCAGCUACAAGCACGCCGGCAGCCUCAUCAACCACAAACAGACCCACAAGACAGGCCUCUUCCACUGCAGCAUUUGCCAGAAGCAGUUCUACAACCUCAUGGCCCUCAAAAACCACAACCGCACCCACUUUGAAACCAAACGCUACCGAUGUACCGAGUGCCCCAAGGCAUUCCGGCUCCAGAAGCAACUGGCCAGCCACCAGCACGUGCAUUGGGACAGGAGGCCGGAGCCUGCUUUCCACUCGGUCCAACGGCCCCUUCGGGCCAAGCGGGCUGGCAAGGCAGAGACCUUCCCGCUCCUUCGGGCCCCCGCUAAGCAGCUUCCAAACCCCGAAGAGCGUCCAUAUAGAUGCGGGCAAUGUGGGCGCUCGUACCGCCACGCAGGCAGUUUGCUCAACCACCAGAAGAGCCACAAGGUCGGGCACUUCACCUGUGCCUUGUGCAGCAAGGCUUACCCCAACCUCAUGUCCCUGAAGAACCACCAACGCAUCCACUACGAGGUGAAACGUCACCAGUGUCCCGAUUGCGGCAAAGCCUUCAAGUGGCAACGGCAGCUGCAGAGGCACCAGCGCCGGCCCCGUCCUUGCAGCAAGGUCACGGCAGGGCAAGAGCCUGAAAGAACUAAAGCGGAUUGUGAAAGGGACCAGGGGAACAACCCCGGAGAGGCCCCCGCCGGGACUCUGCAGAGCCAGCCGCGGCCCAAACGCUUUCGCAACCACGCCUCCCAAAAGAACCCCAGUCGCGUGCAUGGAAAGAAACGUUUGGAGUGCUCGGAUUGCGGCAAAGCUUACCGGGCCUCCAGGGAUCUGAUGCACCAUCUAAGAAAGCAUCAAGCCGAGGAAAGAGGGGACACUCCUAAAGGCAAGCUGCUGGAUGAUCAGCCUUACAAGUGUCAUAGCUGUGAGCGGACAUACCGCCAUCCUGGUAGUCUGCUAAAUCACAAGAAGGCCCACGCGACCGGACUCUACCACUGCCCCACUUGCCAGAGGGACUUCUACAACCUUCUGGCUCUCAAGAACCACCUUCACAUCCACACGGACAAGAGGCGCCACCGAUGCCUCCAUUGUGGCAAGGCCUUCCAGACGGCCAAGCGGUUGACCGCCCACACCAAGGUCCACGGCAGGUCUAAGGAAGAAGAGGCCUUCUCCUGCCCCGUCUGCUCGAAGAGGUUCUUCCACCACCUCGCCUUCCAACAGCACCAGUUGUUGCACACCAAGGUUGAUGGGCACCAUGCCCUUGAGGGCAGCAUCGCAGGGGAAGGGAACUGAGGGCUUGUUAGCACACGUGGGGAUUGUGUGGCAGGGAGAUCCAAUUACAGGGAAACGGUCGAGGUUUGGGUGGGAAGCUGGCUUCAUAGGAACAACAGUCCACGAAUGGGGGGGUAGGGAAAGAUUAAACUUGGUCGUCGAUGGGAGAUAAGGCGAGGAAAAUUGGGUCCAUGACUCCCCAGAUUUUCUUUUUUUAGAACAUAGAUAGGAAAAAACAAGCUGGCAGCAGAUAAAAGAGAGCAGACAUGGUGGGAUGGUGGUGGUUUUCUCCUUAACGGAAUGUUACAUUGAGCACAUAAAAUAAGGCAUUUCUGUGGCAUCUCUUGGAAACACGUCCUAUAUUUUCUGUCUUGGAUCCUCUUUGGAGAACUGACUUCAAACACGAGGGACUUUCAGAGGAUUGUGCAUCGAUAUUCUUCUAUUUGCAUUUUUUGAACUGUUUUCUAUCCUUUUGGGACGUCAGACGAGUAGCUAACUCCAUGUUUAAGCUGCAUAUAGUAUUUAAAUUGCUGGGUAUUUUUAAAUUAAUGGCAAACGUACUGUCUUAUAGGAAAAAACAAGAAUACUGGGGGUGGGUCUCAGUGUCGUUCCUGAACAAAGACUUAAGGAAGAAGACAAUAAUCCUUGGUGUGGAGUAAUCUUUUCUUUUUUUUAAAAAAAAUUCUACCUCCUUCACUAAAAUGCGUACACGUUUCCUUGGUAUGCAAGGAAACAUUAAAAAACAGUUCGAAAGGCGUAGGUUUUGAUCGCUUUCAAAACGAAUCCUGAAACGCUCACUAAAUGGUACUAGGGUUUAUGUGGAAAGUUUUCUAAAGAAACGUGACUGAAAGUUUUAGGUUUAUGUGGGUAAGCAAGCUCUCCUUGGCAAAACCUCUGCUGGCUGUGGUUUAUCAGAAUAGGUCUUGAGCAAAAAAAAAUAAAAAAUGGGGAUUUUGUAAAUGAGUAAUUAAGAAACACCAUUUACCUCCUGCAAUUAAUGAGACUUCUUAAAGGCCUAUCUCUUGGGAGGAAGAUUCCAUUUUUUUAGCCCCCCCCCCUUUGAUCUCCCCCUUGCAUCCUCCAGAAUGGGUUGGUCCACCACCCCUACCACCAUAUUGACUUGAGAAUGAUGGGUGCUGCCAUCAAUUUUAUCUGGAAGAAGCCAGCUCUGAGAAGGUUUCUUGGCUUUAACUACCCUCACCAUCUUUUGAACCAAGAUCUUUCUGGUUGUCCAUCUUUUUAGAUGAUACGAGGUGCCCAGCUGAAGCGGGGAAAGGGGCAGCGAUGCACACAGAUCACUUUAGGAUCCGGACUCUCCCUUAGGGUGAUUCUCAUGGCCAGACUCGAUCUCACGUUCUUCGUUUCUCUUUACGCCAAACUGGGUUAGGUUCAGAGAAGCGCCUGGGGUGCUUUUUAAUUUUGGAAGAAAACUUUCAAGGCGCUCGUCUUUCUGAGCUCUGACGCAUCCAGAUGGGUUUUGGUCCUGCCGUUAAUUUUGAGAUAGCAGGGAAGGCACUUAAUUUCUUCUUCGAUUUCUCUUCAAUUGCCACUUUGCCUUUAAGAUGCCGGGCAGGAUAGUGGGGUGGGUGGAGGUGGGAGUGUUUCCCAACAUAAAUAAUAUUGUUAGUAUAAGCCUAAUAAUUGGGAUUCUAGCUGGUGUGGAAAGCUAAUUAACCUUGUUCUUCAUGGGAUUUGCACAGGGUUUGGAACAGAUGGUAUCAGGCCACCUUUCUUCCCCUGAUUUCUUUUUAGAAGAAACCCCUUCUGUUAAUGGCGGCAUUUACUCUCCCAUCUAGCCUGGACUUAAAUUCCCCCGAGGACGAGUCACUAAACCUAAUCCUGCCCAAUAUGAAACAAUUCCCCUUAUUUCUCCCCAUGUCUGUUCUCAACAGGCAAGGCAAACAAUGCUGAGCAGCAAGCGAGGGUGGCUCAGGAUAAUAGGCCUGGCAGUUGAACACUGGAAAGACAAACAGAGCAGGAAAGGGAAGAUUUCCUUGUUUCUGUUGUCAUGAGAGAAAUCUCCACUUGAGAGAACUAUGGGAGGACCCUUGAUCCCUUCAUUCUAUUCUGCCCAGAGUGCUUGGAUCCCUUUAGGGUUGGAUCUGGAUGCAGAUCAGAUUGCAGAGAAAGGAUUCCAACCCCUGAGGGACUUUUCUCUGCAGCUUGGAAAACAGAGAAGGGAAAACCACCUUAGAUGGGCUUGUUUUUCAAACACCCCAAGGUGUUUUUUUGUUUGUUUGUUUUUUAAGACCAGCCAGAAUGCAGAUGACUUGAAACAAAGCAUCCCCAUGUGCUUUCCCUGUUCUGCAAGGCACAGCCAGAGAUUACUGGAGAUGUAUCAAAGAGCUGUCACCCUCAUAAUCCCUAGAAUUUGCAAAUGGUUUAUAGUGAUCAGCUUUUAGACUACAGGGAUGCGGUGGGUGGGAUUAUGAAAACAUUAAAAAAAUAAAAAAUAAACAAGAGGACUAGAAACUUGACCAUCACCAGGCUAUCUUCUGUUUUGGGGUUGGCACGGGUAUCUGUUUCACUACUGCUCUGAGGCCAGCCCCCAAUUUUGUUCUCAUUCAGGUAGAAUUUGGUUCAGUGAAAGAAUAAAUGUUUUUAAGUAGGUAAGAGCUCUUCAUUUGUGAUUAAAGUUUUAUAGAAUUUCUAACAUAGGCGGGUAAUAUUUUUCAUAGGGUGUGGGUGGGACACAUGUUGGUUUAUUUCGCCAGCUGAAAUCGGGGGGUGUUUUUUUUUUUCCUUCUGCCUUCAAUGUUUAUCCUUAACGAUGCCCAAUAACUCCAGAAUGUUGACGAUCAAGUCCUGUUUAUGCUGCUGUUUUGGAUAACUGACAUUUUAGCUCUGGUUCAGCAAAAAAAGAAAGAAACCUCACAAAAGGAAAAUAAAUUUUGAGUUUCGUACGUUU